AUGACCCGUAUCCUUCCCUCAGGACACUGGGCUAGGGCUCCCUGGUUCAACUACCUCUGCCCCAAGGCGCUGACGUGGGAGCAGUUGGCAAGAAAUAAUAACAUGACAGUCGAAGAAAUAUGUGCUGAACAACCGGACUUCCUCAAGGAUACAGAGGCAACGAAAGCAUUCUAUUCACUUACAGUAAUCUUGUUUUUAUGUGAUAUGGUGAUAGAAGUUCUUUAUAAGGUGCGCUUACGAGUGCACAAGUACGGUUCUUUUGGAGCAAGAUUCUUUGUCUUGAUUUACGCAGCCUGGAUGUUGGCGGUGCUUAUCCCGUUCCCCUACUGCGGCCUGGUCAGCCUGGGAGUUAGAUGGGUUUACCUUUGGGAGUGCGGCAUUUUGUCAAUUCUGAUGAUGUGGGGCCGCAUUGGGAACACCGUGAGCAAAGUACCUUUUGCAUCAGUUUUUACGCCAGUGACUCGGGAGUUUGUGCUUUCUUUUCUAAAGGGCAUAUUAUAUGUUCUGACGGUACUGUUCCUUUUUGCUUACACCUUCUUCUUACUGUUUUCAGACCAUGCAGCUUUCAGUACAAUAUAUCAGGCAUGGGUGAAAUCUGUGACGUGGAUGUUUGGAGAUCUGGGUUACGAUGAUACAUUCAUAGAGCAGUCAGUUUACUACCCAGUCUUUUCCAAUGUCCUUUUUCUCGUUUUCCUGUUAGUCAUUGGUAAUGUGAUUGUCACACUGGUGAAGAGUCCUGCAAUUGAUGAAGAAGAAGUGGAACUCCAAAGGCUGAUGAAAUUUGCACAAAUGAUCCUGAAAUUUGACGUGUGUUUUCAGUGCUGUAGAAAAAAGGCAGUCAGAGGUGGAACAACCAAUCUAGGUUUUAUGCAGAGACUGAAGAAAAACAUUUUUGAAGACUGUUAUCAAUUCUGCGGAAGACGCCAUGUUGUUGCCUGGACAUAUAGUACUACAUACAGUUACAUGUUUCAUCUUCAGAAACGUUUGCUGCAUUUUUUCCUAGGCUCUUGGCUUGUUGAGAAAUCGUCAAACCAACACAAUGCUGAUGGAGGUUACAAUAAUGAAGAAAUUAAUCGUAAAUUAGAAGAAAUUAAGGAUCUGUACAAUCGUAUUACUGACAUUAUUCGAAAGCAUGAAGAUGAGAUUUCACAGCUAACGCAGAGGCAGCUGAAAAACUGAACACCUGCAUACGGUUGAACGCACAGCUCGAAGGUGAGGUCUUGUUAUACCGAGUUUCUAUUCGCAAAUGUAUAGCAUUAUAAUUUCUAGUUUACAUUGUUGUAGGCCAUAAUUUACACAUCAUUUUACAUGAUAAUUAAGUGUUAUUAGCAGGGUGUUGCAAAAACAUAUGGUUAAAUUAUGAGAGAUUUUACAACAGUAUCUCACAUAAUAGAUAAGCCGUGGUAUAGAAACAUUUGUCCCCACGACUUUUUAAACUUUUUUGUGCGUCACGAACACGGUAUCUUCUGAAAGAAUCGCUCAGGCAAGAAUAGAAAGUUGGAGAACAUGCUACCAUAAACUGUGAGUGCUUUGUGGUACCGAAUAUGGAUCUGCUGCUCAGGUAUUAAUUACACGUACUCUAUAAAAUUUAGGUUAAACUCUAUCUUAGUAGAAACAACAUUCAACAAGAUAACACAUAACGGUGAGACAGGUACAGGUACGUUUGACAUCAAACAAAUGAGAUGUGGAUUUAGUAGUAGCGGUUGCUAUAAUCACUCAGGGAGUAGCGUGGCAUAGACCCUGGCCAUGCUGAGGAAAUAUUCAGUUGUACAGACUGCUUAAAGGUCGAAGACCAUCACAAUUUCAUCAGGUUUUAAAAUAUGUGUUUACACUGUUAUUGAUUUCUGGAAAAUACAGCCUGUAUAAGCUCAUUGUUGACAUUAAAAUAACUGAUGCAAGCUCAUUUUUUGUUCUUCCCCUGUACUUUAAGUGUUGACAAUAAACAUUCUUAUGGAAUACCACUAAUGUUUGUGCCGUCAGAGUUUGGGUCUGAAAGUAGAGGCCGGAUAUCUAUCCUCGUGCUUUUUUCUUUCUUUCUUUCUUUUUUAAUCACUACAUAUCAGUAAUUGACCUAGACAGACUCUGGCAGAUGACGUAACUUGGAAUGUUGUCGAUUUUGUUUUGAUUUCUCAUUUGUUAUCUGGUUAACUGCCCAUUCUUUUAUGUAUAAACAUUGUAAAUUUUGAUU